AUGUUUUGUACGACGAAUUUGAAUGCAUAUGGAGCUCAGCAAGCUCAUUCUCCUGAAGUUGGAAAGUUUCCUGCUGCUGACUUGGACACGGCUUUAUCGUCUCUGGCUGACAAUCUUUCUGUCGGCACGAAAACAGCAGCUAGUCAAGGAAAGCCAGUGCAGUGGAACAAUCAAGGAGGAGUAAGACCUGCUACAGCGCCUCAUAGUUUGGUAUAUCCUCAGUUCGGUGCUCCUCCACCUCAGCAGUGGCCAUCAGUGAAUGUUUACCCCUCACAGCCAGGCAUAUAUUCGCAGCAACCGGUAAUGGGUUUAUACCCUCAAUCCGGAUAUAAUCCUCAAAUUCAACAACCGGUGGCACCAGGCUAUGCUGUCUCAGCAAGUAAUGCACCUUUUCAAGCUGGACAAUCACAGCAUGCUACUUCUGCUCCACCACCAUCACAUCAUUCCUUCAUGUGA